AAUUCUCUCGACUUGCCUCUCAUUUCCAGUCUCUAUUUGGAUCAAAACGAGAGCAUCAUUUCCUUGUCAAUGUCGAACUCAACGCCCAUCUCUCCCUUUCCGGUCGUCACGGAGACUGCCGCAUCGGCACCAGCCACGGUGGUGGUGGGUGUCAACGACGCGAGUAGGAAGAGAGAAAGGCCGAAGACGUACGAUCGUGAUUAUAAAGGGAGGUUUACCACAAAAGAUGGGACAUUUACGCCGAGGUCGUCGUUGAGGAACAGAAGAGGUGGCAUGUCUAUGAGGUUUGGAGGAGGGGACUUCAAGCCGCAUAUGUUCACAGUUAACAAAGGAGAGGAUAUUAUCGAGAGAAUCAUGUCCUUCACUGAAAAUGGUUCUCGUGGGAUCAAUGUUUUGUCAGCAAAUGGUGUGGUUGCUAACGUCAAGAUUCAACUUCACAGUUCAACCAGCAGGGUCGUGACGUAUAAGGAUGAGUAUGAGAUAGUAUCGCUGACCAAUACAAUGGCGAUAUCUGAGAGCGGAGGAGUGAAAAAUAAGACGGGAGGGUGGCGGAUUAUGAUUGGUGGAGCUCCUGGUGCAAGUGUCUUUGGUGGUACUUUGGCUGGGAGUCUCAUUGCAGCAAGUCCUGUCCAAGUUGUGAUUGGAAGUUUCUGGCCGUUGGUCUCAAAACCGCCUCAGACGAUGAAAUAUGUGUUGGCUUCUUCCACAACACCAAACUUGGUGGCUUCUUCCACAACACCAAACUUGGUGGCUUCCUCAUCCACAGGGAAAGUCCAACAACCAGAUAUGAUUCGCCCUUCUCGCUCUCAGAAGAGGAACGAUGAGUCCAACAGAGCUAUGGUUGUUUUUUCACCUACAACACCAAACUUGUUGGCUUCAUCAUCCAAUGUACAAGCCCAAGAACCAGAUAUGAUUGGCCCUUCUCACUCUCAGAAGAGGAACGAUGAGUCCAACAAAGCUAUGGUUGUUUUUUCACCCACAGAACAAGACCAACAACCAGAUAUGAUUGGCCCUUUUCACUCUCAGAACAGGAACGAUGAGUCCAACGAUGUGAUUCUUCUACCCACAGUACAAUACUUAUUGGCUUCCUCAUUCACAGGACAACUCCAACGUCAACCAGAGAUGAUGAGGAACGAUGAGUCGUCCCAAGCUGUGGUUGUUCCACCUGGAAUACCAAACUUAUUGGCUUCCUCAUUCACCGGACCAGAGAUGAUAGAACCUUCUCAUUCUGAGAAGGACGAUGAGUCUUACCCUUCUCAGUUUCUGACUCUAGGGUGGUACAACUCUACACCGGAGCAAGACAAGUAAUCUCAUCAGAAACUUUUAACAUUGGACUCUUAAGUUCAUAAAAGUUUCUAAAAAACUGGGGAUCUUUGC